AUGCCGUCGCCUCUCGCCGACCCCGUUAAACUCCCCUGUGGGCUGGUACUGCCCAAUCGACUCAGCAAGGCUGCUAUGGCCGAGUUGAUGGCCAAGACUAACCACCCGACCGAUUUACUCGUGGAUGCAUAUGAGCAGUGGUCCGAUGGUGGAUGGGGUAGCAUCCUCACAGGAAACGUCCAAGUCGACGUAAACCACAUGGGCAGUCCAUUCGACCCAGCUCUACACAAUGAGUACAAAGACGCAGAGCGCAAUGCCGAUCUCGUCGCUCAAUGGAAGAAAUAUGCCGAUGCAGGCCAAAAGCACGGCACCCCCGUCAUUGCUCAGAUCUGCCACCCAGGUCGACAGUCCUUCCGCGUCGCAGGCCACAGAGGCAUGUUCGCGCAGACGCUCGCGCCCAGCGCAGUGCCUAUCAAUCUUGGUGAUGGCUAUCUUGAACGAUUGAUCGGGUGCUUGGCUUGGUCGACGCCGAAGGAGAUGAGCACUCAAGACGUGGAGAGAGUCAUUGGUCAAUUCGUGGAUACUGCCCGACUCAUGGCCGAUGCUGGUUUCUCGGGCGUUGAAUUGCAUGGUGCUCAUGGAUAUCUGAUUGAUCAAUUCCUCAAUGAAAAGACAAAUCUCCGCACAGACGAGUACGGCGGCACCCCCGAGAAGCGCGCCCGCUUCGUCCUAGAAAUCCUCACUCAAACCCGCCAAGUCGUGCCCCCAACCUUCUGCAUCGGCAUCAAGCUCAACUCCGCCGACCACAGCUCCACAACCUUCGAAGAAACCAUGACCCAGAUCGCCCUCCUGGCCUCAGCCGGCAUCGACUUCAUGGAAAUCUCAGGCGGAAGCUACGAAGACCCCGCGAUGAUGGGGUACGCCAAAGCACCACGGAAGUCCGCACGAACCGCAGCGCGUGAAGCAUUCUUCCUCGAGUUCUCGAAGGAAGUUCGCCUCCGACAUCCCGGUCUAGUACUCAUGUUAACAGGUGGGUUCCGGUCGCGCGCUGGCGCCGAAGCUGCGGUCCAGGAUGGUGCUUGUGAUGUCGUUGGAAUUGGACGGCCGGCGGCUGUGGAUCCGAAAUUCCCACGCUUGUUGCUGGAUGAGAGUGUUGGGGAUGCGGAGGCGAGGUUUCCUUUGAAUAAAGCGCCUGUUCCUUGGUAUACGAGGUUCUUGCCCGCGUAUCUUAUUGGGGCUGGUGCGGAGAGUAUGCCCUCAGAAACGGAGCCUUUGCUCCCUCGCUAUGAGGAUGACACCUCUCGCCAGCGUCGCCUCCACCAGAAGCUCCACAGCUACCAGAUGAUCCGCGCAAUCUCCGAGGGAUACCUGCCAACCACCGAACAGAUGAUCGCCAACCUCCGCACCCUGCUCGCAUCCGACGUCCUCAACCUACGAAACCAAGAUAUUGGCAGUGUCGGGCGCCAACUCGUCCGCGAUCUACGGCUAUGGAUUCAGGUCUUCAUCGAGUUCCUCCACCAGAAGAACCAUCACGAUCAGCUACAGGAAUUCCUGUGGCGUCUAUCUCGCUCACGCGUCGAGAUCGACAGUGAGAGGGUCUCGCGACAGGCUGCCCACGUGAAAGCGCGAGCUGAUACCAAAGCUGCAUAUGAUAGCUUCCGGACCGUUGGUGGUCUACUCUUGACUAAUGCCGAUUUUCGUCUUUUCGUCGAUGACCUCGUCACAGUGGGUCGUCAGAUUUUCGCUGAUACUGCCGAGUCGCUCGCGGAGUCUUCGAAGCUGGUAGCGAAGGAGGUCCAGCCGUCCGCGGAAGAUGAAUCGGCGCUCAAUGGUGCUGGUGCUGACGAAGGACAUGAGCUGUCUAAGGAUGAAUUGAGGGAGGAGGUUGCUCAUGUUGCGGAAGCUGCUGGCGAAGGAAUCGCUCAUACGGGGCACGAUGCUCUGGAAAGUGCCAAGGAGCACCUGUCUGGUCGGGAGAGGGAUACCCUGUUAUUCCGUUUGAAACAGGCUGUGCAAAACCUACGCGAGAGAACGGACUACUCUGACUCGGUCGCAACACUUGCUCAAUUGCUGCAGCGCUACGCUAAGAUCUACGCCGAGGUAGCGGAGAACACCACUUCGACUGCGGAAGAAGACGUGCAGGUCAAUGUGGACCUCAAGCGUGCUGUCGAUCAGUUUUGGAUACUGUUGAGAUCAUUCGGAAGUGCAGAAGAAUGGGAUCGAUUGCAGGAGAAGUUUCACAAUGUUCUCCGACAUGCCAACAAAGACCCCGAAUUCGAUACUCUGCUAGGGGAGACUGGAAACUCACUCCAGGCUAUGUUGACCGAUCCGGAUUUCUUCGACUCGGCGCCGCAGAAGCUCGAUGAGCUAAAGAAGCAGUCUGAGAAAGUAGGCCCGGAGACAAGCCUGCGCAAGGACAUGGACGACUUCCUGGCUCAGACCAAGCAAACUCUUCGAACUGUGCCAGAAGAUCCUGCUGUGUACAAGCUGAUCAAUGCCACCAAAAAGGUGUACCAGCACGCGUGGGGAGCCUACAAUGACAACAAGGCAGACCUACCUGCAGACCUGGUGAAUGUAUUCCUUCCCGUUCUUCUGCGGAUGAUCCAAUACAUCCCCAUUCCACGUCUGGAGAUCUCGGCUCCGGAGAUCGAUCUCUUGCUUGAGAAUCUGAUUCUCGAACCCGGCCAUACGGUCCACUUCUCCUCAUUCCUUCCCUACCGAAUGCACCUCCUUACACGCAACGACAUCGACGUCAUCAAAACCCACUCCAAACGCACCGAAACCCUGAUGAAGACAGCCUUCACGAUCACCGUGCAAGGUUUGAACAUCAGCGCCGAAGACUUCGGCUACUGGUUCCGCACCCACACCGGCCUUCUAUUCAACCUCAAAGACGAGGGAAUAGCCAGCUUCUACCUCGAUCGCCGAGGCAUUGACAUCUCUUUGGAUGUCGAAGUCGGCCGCGACAGACUAGAGCACAUCUUUUCGCUGCGUGGCGUCCGCGUGCGCAUCCACAAGCUCGACUACCAGGUCAAGCGCAGCAGGUGGAGGUUCCUUCUCUGGCUGACCAAGCCAUUCCUGAAACACCUUAUCCGCCGCGUACUUGAAAAGAAGAUCGCCGAGGAAAUUGUUGCUGCAGCAUUCACGCUGAACCGCGAAUUGGUCUUUGCCCGCGAGCGUCUGCGUGCAGCUCGCAUCGCCAACCCUCAGGACUUGGCUACUUUUGUCAAAGCCGUGUUGGCUCGCUUGAAGCCUGCUGACUCUGAUGUUGAAGCACGGAUUGGUAUUCGACCUUUGAAGUACGGUGCUUUCCAGGAUGUUUAUGCCCCUGGCAGCAUUGUCAAGACUUGGCGCGAUGAGGCUACUCGUGCACAGGAGGCCAUUGAGGAUGGUGAUGAGACUCAUGGCAUUGGCCAUACCUGGCACAAUGAUAUCUUUGAUGUUGCUGGACAUUAG